AUACUACGAUAAAGAUUGCAAAAAUAACAAGGAAAGAAAGACUUAUAGAACACAAGAGAAGAAAAACAACAUGGAAAAAGAAGAGAAAGACGAAAGAAGAAAGGAGAAGGCGACAACACACAAGUCAAAAGGGGAAAAAGAAAAGGAAAAGGAAAAGGAAACAAGAAGAAACGAAAGAAUGAAGACGCAGCCACAAGCGAAAAAGGAGAGAAAGGAGAAAAAGGAAGGGAGAAGAAACGAAAAAACAAACACAGAUGAAAGAAAACGUUGGAAAAUCACUCCUAUCUUUACCCCCACUCGCCCUCCCACUCAGAUCACCACUCCACGCUUCUCCACAGCCACUCAGCCUCCUCAUCCCACUCAAGCAACACACAUACACACUCAGGUGAUCACUUAUUCACUCCAGCCCGCAGGUACAAACACCCGUCCCUCUUAUCCCACUCAUUUACCACACCAGACCACUCAUACCAGUUUCCACCUCUCUCUCCCGACUCGUUCACCAUCCCAGCCCACUCAUUCUAGCAUUCCUACCUCUAAUCCCACUCUUUUACCAAUCCAGCCCACUCAUUCUAGCAUUUCUCCCUCUCAUCCCUCUCCAGUAACAGAUCAGCCCUCUUUCCUCUCGCCUUUUCCCACUACCCUCUCGUCCUCUCCCGUCUCCCCCUCCACCUCCUCUUCCUUUUCAUCUUCCUCCCCUACCUUGUCUCAAGAGUCACCGCAGCCCACCUCUAAUUAUACCUGGCGAGUUGAUUACCUGGAUGCUUCUCUCAGUUAUUCCGUCGAGGGUGAUCGGCUACAGCUGAUGGGCAAGACGGAGCAAGCUGAUUGGCUGCUCACACAUGCACGCUUCUCCUUGCAUUCUCCAUCCACCUCCUCCUCCCCUUCGUCAUCUCUCUCCUCCACCUCCUCCUCCUCCUCCUCCUUUCUCCCUAUCACCGUUCAUCACUCCAGUCGUUAUGAUUCUUCUGCCUACCCUCCUCCUUCACCUCCUCCUCUUCCUCUGAACCCACCAUCAAAACCCUACUCCUCCUCCCACAUUUACCCACACCCCUCAAACGACGUCCCGCGAGCUUCCUCAUCUCCCGAAGCUCCCGCCCUUGCUAUCCUCCAGUGCUCUCCCCGGAAUUCUCCUCCCAAGGUCGUUCUCCUCGCUAAAGAGUGCGGGAGGAGAGUACGGGAAGAGGCCUUCCCGUCAGAUGCUGUGGUGUUGUGCCCCUGACCAGAUACCACAGCCGCUGUCCACUGCAGUUCCCCUCCCGACAUCAGCACCCCAAGAACCACAGGAGAAACAGGAGGGAAACUACUUUACACACCAGUCUUCCACCACAGCGCUACCACAGCAGAGAGACCCCCCUACCAUCACCACCACCACCACCACCACAGUGCAGCCACAGCCCCACCGCCACCCAGCCACAGGCUUCCCCAGCAGCAGAAACCAGACGCAAGCAGGCAGCGGGCGUGGGCCUGCAGGGACAGACGGUGAGGUUGCCGAUGUUGUGUACCCCGACACAGAGACCGCGGAAAAGACUGAUGUGGAAAAAGAAGAGGAAGAUAAGCUAGAAUACAUAACUAGUGAAGAAGAGGAGGCGGAGAGGCAUGCUUUUUAUGUGGAGGAAGCAUUUUACAACGAAGUGGAGGAGGUGGAGGAGGUGGAGGAGGUGGAAGCUGCCUCCAGACUCGUGGCGGGAGAUGCCUGGCCUGGGGAUGUGCAGGGUCACUACCUGUCGCCGCCCGCUAACAUUGCUGACCUCGCACGUGGCCAGCAGGACACCGAGGCGCUUGUCGGCGGUGGGCUACGUCGGGCGUCGCGGGACCUCGGCUUGUCCCAUUACCCGCACACAGAGUCCGCCCCACAGUUCCGCUACACGCCGAUCGACCAGACAGUGUCCCCCGGGGCUCCCGUGUCCCUCAAGUGCUCAGCUGUGGGCUCUCCCCCGCCAGUGAUCACCUGGACCCGCGACCAGCAGCCUCUGCCGCCCUCCCACCGGACCAGCGUGGGCAGCUUCCGCACCGCGCUGGGGCAGGUGGUGAGCCACGUGAACCUGAGUGACGUGACGGUGCGGGAGGGCGGCACCUACACUUGCACCGCCCACAACGCCCACGGCGCCCAGGCGCACUCCGCCCGCCUCAAUGUGUACGGUCCGCCUUUCGUGCGCGCCAUGCCUAACGUGACUGCCGUGGCGGGGGAGGACGUGCGGCUGUGGUGUCCCGCGGGCGGGUAUCCGGUGCCCGCUGUCUCCUGGAGGAGGGACGGGCGCUCCCUCCCCUCCUCCAUCAGGCAAGAAGUGCUAAGCAACGGCACGCUGCUGGUGCGGACGGCGAGCCACGAGGACGCCGGUCGCUACUCCUGCGUGGUGACGGGCAGACAGGGCCAGACAGCCGCCUCGCACACCUUCCUGCACGUCCUCAAGCCGCCAGAGAUUGACACGUUCACCUUUCGGGCGGGGCUGGAGGAGGGGCGGCGGACGCAGCUGUCGUGUAUGGUGACGGGCGGCGAUCUGCCCAUCACCAUCAACUGGCUCAAGGAUGGCCGCCACCUCCAGCAUGACCCGGACCUCGAGAGUAAACAAGUUAGCGACUUUUCGAAGGUGCUGGUGUUCAAGCGGCUGCAGGAACACCACUCGGGCACUUACACGUGUGAGGCCGCCAACGCCGCCGCCUCCGUCAAUCACACCGCCACUCUCAAAGUCAGGGUGUCGCCGCGGUGGGUGGUGGAGCCCGGGGGAAACACGGCGCUGGUGGAUUCCACGGUGGUGCUGGACUGCAGUGCCCGCGGCCACCCGCAGCCCGUCAUUACCUGGAUGAAGGCGCCAGGGAACACCAAGAUGGACUUCCAGCCGUUGGUGGUGGACGGUCUCAGGUCCUCGCAGGCGUCCAACGGCUCGCUCAUUCUGCAGAACACCAAGACCACGGAUGCUGGCUGGUACCUCUGCCGUGCCGCGAACUCCGUGGGGAAGCCGAUCUCCAAGGCCGUCCAGCUCACUGUACAUGCCCCUGCCCGAGUGAUGACGGAGGGGGGAAGGGUGACGGGACACGCCGGCCAGGUGGUGACAGUGACGUGUGAGGCCACAGGUGACGACCCUCUCACUCUCACCUGGCUGAGGCACCACGCCCCUAUAUCACCCGGACAUAGGGCCACCAUCAGGGAGAGCGAGGGGGGCGGGGUGGUGAGGGCGGUGCUGGAGAUGCACUCCGUCACAGCUGCCGACGCGGGCCCCUACACCUGCCGCGCCAGCAACCCUCACGGGGACCACUCGCAGGUGUUCGACGUUGCCAUCAUAGAGCCUCCCACGCCACCCUCUAACGUUGAGGUGAGCGAGGUCACCAGCCGGUCCGCCGUGGUGACGUGGCGCCUCCCCCAGCCUGCCGCCGUCACCAUCCAGUACAAAGCAGCAGCGGAGGACGAGACGUGGGCGUCGCACGGUCGUAACGUGAGUGUGGGUCAGUGGGCCGCGUCACAUGUGCUGACAGGCCUCUCCCCACACCUCACAUAUGUGGUCAGGCUGAUGGCGCACAACGACCUUGGGGUGUCGCUGCCCUCACCCACGCAGCUCUUCACCACCACGGAGGAGGCGCCCUCCGGAGCUCCCAGGGACGUGAGGGUAGCGGCCGGGGGCCCCCGCUCUUUGCUGGUCACCUGGCGUGCCCCAGACCCCCGCCUCACCCAUGGGACCCUCAGAGGCUACACUCUCGCUCUGCGCCGCCAGAACCUGCAGGGCCACUUCACCUUCAUCACCAGGCCCGUCAUCGACUUGGGCGGCGUGGAGCAGUACGAGGUACGCGGCCUGGUGCCGGCGUCCCUGUACGAGGUGGCUGUGCGAGCCUUCACCAGGGCGGGGCCGGGGCCGCUCUCCUCCCCCAGGAUCGUCGACUCCACCUCUCAUGACGCUCCAUCGUGUUCUCCUGCCGGUGUAUCGUGCCGUGGGUCGGGGCGCGGUGGAGUGAGGGUGUGGUGGUCGCCGCCCUCCACUAGUUGCGUCCAUGCUCCUGUCAGCGGCUACACCAUCGUCGCCACGCCCACCAGACACGUCCAGUCCUCCGGUGACAGCAGCGCGUGGGAGGUGAACACCACCAACUUGGAGAAGAACCUGGACUCCCUGCCUCCCGCCACCAACAUCAGCGUGAGGGUGAAGGCGUUCAAUGAGGUGGGCUUCUCUCCGCCCAGCCGACCAGUCUUCUGCGUCACUGAGGACGAUGUGCCCGGCCCGCCUGAGGGAGUGAGGGCAAUGGUAACUGGCCCCACCACGCUGCUGGUCACAUGGUCGCCGCCGCGGCCCCACACUGGCACCAUCCUCCACUACACCCUGUACUCCUCCAGGGACGAGCAGGUGGCGAUCAGGGACGUGGUGGGCGCCGGGGGCUCGGAGGCCACGUGGCGGGAGCUGAGCGGCCUCACGCCUGCCUCCAGGGUGCAGGUGUGGGUGACGGCCAACACCGUAGCAGGGGAGGGCACCCCGUCACCAAGAAUCACCGCCAUCCCCAACCCCAAGCCCAGCUACACCCCUGCUGCUGUUGGUGGAGGCAGAACGUGGCACGUGGGCGUGGGGGCGGGCGUCACUUUGGGCUGCCGGGGUCUUGGCUCACCAUCUCCCACAACCAGUUGGACGCGCGAGGGCGUGGCGGUGAGCAGCGGACAGCUGAUGCAGCUGCUGCCGGGGGGAGACUUGCACCUCACAGCGGUGCGUGAGUCCAACAACUACACGUGUUGGGCGAGGAGCAGCGCAGGCGUGGACAGCCUAACACACCAGGUGGUGGCCCUCACGCCCCCCGCAGCGCCGAGCCUUUCCCUUUCCCACGCCUCCCACCACGCCCUCAAUCUCACCAUCACGUCCGCGGGUGAUGGAGGUGCUCCCAUACUGGGGUACACGGUACACCAUCGUGGGCGCGCUGGAGAGUGGGUGGAGGUGGAGGUGGCCCCCGGGGUGAGCGGAGUCGUGGUUCGGGGGCUGCCAUGUGGGGCGCCGCACCACGUCUACUUGACGGCGUGGAACAGCCAAGGCGCUUCCGCCCCAAGCCCCGUCCUGGUGGCCAACACCCUCGGCAGCCCCCCCGGCAGACCUGAACCUGAGCGACUCGUGGAGGUCAACUCGACGUGCGUCACGCUGCGCCUCUAUGCCUGGCCCGAGCUGGGCUGCCCCAUCCAGUCCUGGAAGGUGGAACUUGGCACCGAGGAUGACGGCGCGACGUGGACGCCCCUCCACUCCCGCGUCACCCUCGACACCACCGAUCUGGGCGUGUGUGACCUCGCCUCGGCCUCCUGGCACCUGCUGCGCGUCACGGCUUCCUCCACCGCGGGAGACACGACCGUGGUAUACCGCGUGGCCACCACCGACGGUGCAGGAGGCUCUAUCGCGGCAGAGUCCGUGCAGGAGGUGCUGAUGAGCGGGGUCGGCGGGCCCGGGGGCUGGCUGGACGCCCACAUAGUGGCAGGGGUGGUGAGUGCGCUGCUCCUCGCCACGGCCUUCAUUAUCUGCGUCUGUGUCGCCGUCAGGAGGAGAAGAUACGGCGGCUACAGACAAGGAGACAGCGUGGACGAGAAGGGCGGGAGCGGCGAGGAUGACAACGCCCGCAACUCCGAGCUGACCCGUGCCCACUUGUACUCCCCGACGCCCACCAAGAAGCCCCGCGGCUCCCUGGCUUCCCUCAAGACCCAGGAUGACACCUCGGACCCCUACGAGAUCUGCCCCUAUGCCACGUUCAGCUCCGUUCCUCUUGCCCUCUGUAGCGUCGGUAGCUCGGACGGCACUCUAGAGUACGGUCUGUCUCUUCACGCCAUGACCCCCCGCGACUGUCUGGACCACCCCGCCGCCGCCCCGCACCCGCACCUCAGUGACAGACACGCCCCCGCCCCGCCCCAGUCCCCGGCAGCUUACGGCCACGUCGGCAGGCAGAGGUCGCAGUCGCAUUACAAGGAAACUGGUGAGCAAGAGAUCGCCUACAUCACGCGGGGCGGCAGAGCAGAGUACGGUAGCAGACCCAAAUCCAUCCCAGGCGCGCAGCUUCCCCCGACUUCCACCACGCCCGCCCCUGCCGCCGCUCCUGCCGCCUCCGAACAACGGCAGUGGGCGGAGGAGGCCAGGAAGGACACGCGAGGCCGCCAGCACCGUCCCAGGAGCCGCACUAGAGCGGACACACCAGGCGGAGGGCGAGACUCGAGCACUGAGAGCAACGACGCGUCCUCGCCCGUGCAGCAGCAGCGCCACCACCACCACUACCAGCACCACCAUCACCCGCAGGCAGGGGGCGGCGCGGGGGGUAGAGCGGGCCCCCACCCUCUGCCGCCUGUCCGCCAUGCCAGAGCGCGAACCGAAUCCUCCUCCAGUGAUUCCUCGACGCUCACGCCUCCCCGCCCACUCCACCCACCCUCCGCAUUCUCCGACUCCAGGGAACUGUCGGAGGCGGAGUGCGACCGAGAGCUGCGCCGAGGAGCUGAGGGGGAGGCCGGGAGAGCGAGAGGCGGCCAGCAAGAGAUAAAGGCUGAGUUGACCGUGCUGCUGCAAAGGUAUCAGCAGCAGCAACAGCAGCACCGAGACGAGGACGUGGUGCAGCAACAACAGCAGCAGCAGCAGCAAGAUGGCAAGCGACGGGCACCAGAAAGGAAUCCCUACACGAUUAAUGUCUAGUGUCGCCCUGUACUUUAUUGUACAUAGUGGAUGGUAAAGGAAUGAAGAGCAUAUAAAGAGUUAAAAAAUACGCCAUGUUACGUUUUUUUUUUUUCGCCUGAGUGUUUCUAUGCUGUUUUUUUUUCUCUCUCUCUCU